GCGAGCAAAGCACAUGCAUUGUCGUCGAUAAAGAUCUGCGAGUAGGGAAGUCAGCUUUGGCUGUGAUGUAGAGCACGGAGAACAUCGGCCUCGCAGGCGAAUGCUAUCUGCAGAUGAGCUAGGAGGGUGAAGACACUGACUGACAGAUUCACAAUUGUAUACCGCCCAGGCCAGCAUGUCUGGCAGGCCGGAUGACUCUCCUUCAACCGCCACAAGCUACCACUACUACCCGCUCGACGCUACGAUCAAUGAAGUGCGCCUACUGAAACUCUCAAGACCAUCUCCCGCUGCCACUUGGAGCGACAUCUCUCUUUCGCUUGUGACAGUACCUCUGCACGAUGCUCCAGCCUUCUCCGCAAUCAGCUAUGUCUGGGGCGAUCAAACCCGCGUCCAGCACAAAUUGCUCGAUGGGAUGAGCGUGCUUCUUCUAGAGACGGCAGUAGAGGCUGUGCAACAUAUGUUCACUGCAUCCUUCCUUGAAUCGGAGGAUCUAACAUGCUUCAUCUGGAUUGAUGCUGUGUGCAUCAAUCUCAGCGACAGACAGGAGAGAGCACAGCAGGUCCUGCUCAUGUCUGAUAUCUACUCGACGGCAGUACAAGUGCUGGCUUUCCUCGGACUAUCGUUUAAUGGCCACCAAGAGAUCAUGACAGGAAUUGCGGCUGCAGCAGAGGCGCUUCGACAAGCAGCAGGCUCGCGCGCACAACUUGACAAGCUGCUUGACUACGACACAGCUUUGCCAGUGACAGAUUAUUUGCGCGACCUACCUAGAGCUUCGCUCGCCGAAUUCUAUUCUAGCCCCUGGUUCAGAAGACUGUGGAUCCUUCAAGAAGCUGCGCUAGCGAAGACAGCACUUGCUUUCUAUGGCAAACAAAAUAUCCCGCUGACGGAUGCCAUAAUGGUGGCGCGUGCGCUGGUCAAAGUAGAGAGACACAGUGGUAGCUUCGAGAUCAACAGAGACGCCCUUUCACGAGGCAUUAGCCGAUGCAAGACGCUCUACAACCUUCGAGUGUGGCAUGCUUGCAAACUGAACCUUGCGCACGAAGGUGGAUGCCGGAAAGGUCUUUGCUAUGAUGGACUGCCAAUGACAUACCUGCUCGAGGUCACGCACAGCCACGCAAAUUCCGAAAUGCGAGACAAAGUCUAUGCGGUCCUUGGACUUGCACACACGUCUGUGAGUCAGGAACUCCAGCCCAACUAUGAUUUGCCGCUUCAAAGUGUCUACAUACAAGCUACGAGGACAGCCUUCUCGCAAGACAAGUCUUACGAAAUCAUGCGAUGGGCGAGAACCUGUGGUAACAGACCUGAUAGCUGGUAUCGCGACAAUAAUUGGCCGACUUGGUCGCCGCUUUGGCAAGAUGCUUAUGACCGAUUGAAGAACCCGUCUGGACUGCCUUGGUGGACAUUUCGAGCUUCGAGAAAUGGCGCGCCCAAAUUUCUCGAAACAGACCUCACUGAUCCGAUACUCCGCUGUCAAGGCGUCUUCCUGGAUGUCGUAGAUCAAGUGUCUGAGCUCUUACUAAACGGGACGGCCGAGGAGGACGGCGACCUCGCCAUCAAAAAGCUUGCAAUUGCUAUACAGUAUGCGUUGCCACGCGCAAGGACAGCAUUGGGCGUUCACUCAGGACAAACGCCUCUCAUGGCUCUCGCGGCAACUCUUGCUGCGGGAGCACUGCAAACCAGCAACGAAAGCCGUCUUCUGGUCGAGGCAGAAGAUGAUCUAGCCGGCACAGCAAAUCGACUUGCCGAGAUGACCAGCGUCAGCUUGACUCGGAACGCCGAAGGCACUGGCGCUGGUCAGAGCGUGAAAUAUUUGUACCACUUCAAGUUUCACAGUUGUUUUCGCAAGAUCUUCUUCACUAGAGCAGGCUAUAUGGGGCUUGGGUCGCAGCAUCUACAGAUCGGUGACUUGCUCUUCUUGCCGCUCGGCAAUAGUGUCCCAUGGAUACUAAGAGAGGAGGGCGAUCAUUACCUCUUCAUAGGCGUUUGCUACGUGCAUGGCAUAAUGCAAGGCGAAUUGGCCGACGAAAUGAGUCAACAGAAUUCCAAACAUCAACCUCAGUGGGUCAAUAUACAUUGAACGGUGGCGCUCGCAGUCCGUUCAUGCUAUCUCAAAACUUGCAGCUUCGCUUCCAUUUCGAACGGCCGAUACAAGGUUUUCUUCUGCCACCAACUCAGCUUUUCCGAAUCGUUGCAGUACUGAUUACUUUGCACCAAGAC